AUUUUGCUCAGUCUUGCCCCCCCUGUCUUCUUCUCCAAUUCUCAUCCCUUUUCUUUUCCCUUCUCCUUCUUCUCUCCUCUCUUGAACCUCUUCCUUUCCUUUGCUGCAUCAGCCACUGAACAUGUCCAUCCGUGUGUUUCUUAAGCGUAUCUGGCCCAGAGUAAACUGCAGUUUAUCGUGUUACAUCGUCGCAUAUAUUUAUCUCCGAAGGUUUACUAAAAGAUAUCCAUUGGCCCUCAUAGACUCAUAUAGCAUCCACAACUUCAUCAUCACCAGUCUUCUUCUCGCCGCGAAGUUUAUGCAUAACAAAAAGUAUAAGAAUCCUGAUUUCGCGAUCCUCGGGUUGUUGCCGAAGGCAGAGAUGCACAUGUUGGAAACUAAGUUUCUGGCUGCCAUAGACUACAGAUUGCAUGUAUCAACUGAAGAGUAUAUGAACAUCUGCAUCUGGAUGAGUAUGAGUAUGAGUAAAACUUCUGAAAUCUGUCCUUCUCCUUCCUGCUGCUAUGAAGGAUUGCAUCAACAUUCACAUGAAGAUCAUGGACAAUUUUUUUUUUCUUUCUUUUUUUAGCUUUUUAAUAUAUAUCUUGUUUGUA